CCCAGCAGCCGGCCCCUAAAGCUAUAUAUGCCUUGAACGGCCGCGCUAUGGGACCCGAGCGGAGAGAGCGCAGCAUCCUCAUCCCGCCGCGCUCCAGCCCUUCCCUGCCGUUGCGCCGAAGGAAGAAGAGAUCCCCAUCCGACACCACCGACUCUUCCUCGAGGUUGCCACGAAUCCCGACUGCCCGAGCCUUCCCGGGGCUAGAUCGCGGCCGUUUUAGGUUCCCUUCGUAGCUCUUCUCCACCUUCCUCCCGCGCUUGACUUUUCAGGGUAUAGCCCUCCCGCAGCUGGAGGUUCGCCGGCGUUUGAACCACCCACCCACCCACCCAUCGUGCCAUCCAGUACCAGAAUUAUGAGUUCCCCUUUGAGGCGAGCCGCCCUGCUCAGCUCUCUCCUAAAGCUGCGAGGUCCUGGGAGCGCACCUGCUUUGCAGCAGCAGCAACAGCUGCCCACUUCGUCCGUGUGUGCCUUGGAGCCCAAGGCUCAGGUGCCUUCUUGCCCCAUGCACGCUCCCCACUCACUUUCUGCCUUGCCAGGUCCUGUCAAAUGGCCUCUGAUGGGCAGCCUCUUAGACAUCCUCUGGAAAGGGGGGCUCAAGAAACAGCACCAGACGCUGGCUGAGUACCACCAGAGGUUUGGCAAAAUCUUCCGCAUGAAACUUGGGAGUUUUGACUCGGUUCAUAUAGGUGCACCCUGUCUGCUAGAGUCUCUCUAUAGGAAAGAGGGUGUGUAUCCACAGCGCCUGGAGAUUAAGCCCUGGAAAGCCUAUCGAGACUACCGUAAAGAGGGCUAUGGGCUACUUAUCCUAGAAGGGAAGGACUGGCAGAGAGUAAGAAGUGCAUUUCAGAAGAAAUUAAUGAAACCCAUGGAAAUUGUAAAGUUGGACACUAAAAUCAAUGAGGUCCUAGCUGAUUUUAUGCAGCAGAUGGACACACUCUGUAACCAGAAUGGAGAAAUAGAAGAUUUAUAUUCUGCCCUGAAUAAAUGGUCAUUUGAAAGUAUUUGCCUGGUGCUGUAUGGGAAAAGGUUUGGACUUUUGCAGCAAGACGUAGAGGAGGAAAGUUUGAACUUUAUCAAGGCUGUUAAAACGAUGAUGAGUACUUUUGGGAAGAUGAUGGUGACACCAGUUGAACUCCAUAGAAGUCUAAAUACUAAAGUUUGGCAAGCUCAUACAAAUGCAUGGGAUAAUAUAUUUAAGACAGUGAAAUGCUCCAUUGACAGCAGGCUGAAAAAACACUCUGCAAAUCCCUCUGAAGACUUCCUCUGUGACAUCUAUUUUGGGAGCCAGCUUUCGAAGAAAGAACUAUAUGCUGCUAUUGCAGAGCUUCAGAUUGCUGGGGUUGAAACGACUGCCAACAGUUUACUUUGGGCUCUGUACAACAUCUCCUACAAGCCAGAUGUCCAGGCAAAGCUGUUUGAGGAGAUACAGAAUGUGGUAUUACCUGGAGAAGACCCAAAUUGUGAACACCUGAAAAAAAUGCCCUAUUUGAAGGCAUGCCUGAAAGAGUCAAUGAGGUUAACACCUUCUGUGCCAUUUACCACUAGAACCCUUGAUAAAGAAACAGUCCUUGGGGAUUAUGCUCUUCCAAAAGGGACUGUCUUGAUGCUUAACACUUACGCUCUGGGAUGCAAUGAAGAAUAUUUCAGUAACUGGAGUGAAUUUCAGCCAGAACGUUGGUUGCAAAAAACUAUCCAUCCAUUUUCUCAUGCUCCAUUUGGCAUUGGAAAAAGAAUGUGUGUUGGGCGCCGACUGGCAGAGCUGCAACUUCAGCUAGCUCUCUGUUGGCUUAUACGGAAGUAUCAGAUUAUAGCUACUGAUGACAAGCCGGUAGAAGCUCUUCACUUAGGAAUACUCAUCCCCAACCGAGAACUUCCAAUUGCAUUCAAACAACGCUAAGAUUCUACUGGAGGAACAGCUGACACUUUUGUUAAGACAGCAUUCUUGAAUUUUGGAUUCCCAGAUCCUGCUAGAGUCUAGUUAUAUUUUGAGCAAUGUGUGUUAGCAGCAAGGACAGAACAGCAGGAAUCCAAAGGUAGCUUGAAGGCAAAUCAGUCAAGCUAUAUUGAGCACACCUAAGUAGUCACUUCACAUUAUUGUAAAAGUUAUACCAAAGGUUCCAAAUGGAAGAAUGGCAGACUUACAAACUUGGAGGUUCUUUUCACCUAAUCUUGGGAUGAAAGAAAAGUCCAUUCUUCUUCAUCUGCUGCUGUGAAAUGUACAGUUCUCGACCCCUGCUGUUAAUGUUUGUAGGAAAACAAUAAUCGCAAAGUGAUGGGAUGAUUGAGUCUCUGAGUUCACUCUUGAUCUCAGGAUGGAAACACCAGAGGACAAAUUUUAUCUUGCCUGUCCCCAAAUCCUGGUGGAAUUUUAAAUGAGGACCUUUGUCUGCAAGAGGGUGAACAUUAUUGCAAAGGGAUGGAAAGUAUAUGUUAGAUGUCCAUAAAGAGAAAGAAUGGUGAUAAUAGAAGUACUACCCUCAGAGGAGGAAAGCUGUGUUAGUCUACAGUGGAAAAAAAUCUGGAAUGUGAAUGUAGGAUUUGUAGAAAGGCUGAAGGGCUGUAUUUGAAGUAUGUCUGAUUCUCUCUGAUGUUGCAUUGUUGUAACUACUGGCCCCUUGAGCAAACUCAGCAACUAUAUACAGAGAACAUACAAACACGCACGCACUCACACAGAGGCUUUCAGGCAGACAGAACAAUGAGUCACAUUACAGAAUGCAGACCACCCAAAUUGUUAUGAGCCCUUCAAGGUGAUGCAUACUUUGGAGACCAGAACAAAUAACUUAUGCUUGGUCACAGUGAACUGUGCACUUGAUGACUCCAUCUAUGAGGUUAAUAAGAUUGUACAAGCAGACUAGUACAAUUUAUUUUCCACCAGAUCAAAUCCAGUUCCUAAAUUAUUUGUAGCAGUCCAACAAGGUCCAGUAACUUUUUCCUUUUGCUAACUGAAGCCUCGAGGCCAUCAUUAGGUAUACAGAUGCCUUAAAUGGCAGGUAUCAUGGGAACAAUGGCAGGUCUAGCUAUUCCCUCCUCUCCAAUAUAGACACUCAAAAUAACCUGCCCUCCACCUUUUAAGCUGUUUAUCAGCUUUCACGUGUGGAUGGUAGCAGAGGGAGAUGGGGUGCUAUUUUUUUUAUUUUGCCACAAUCAACAGUAUGUCUUGGAUUCGUCAGGUGUGAUGAUCAUAAUCUUUAACUGCCUCUAAAACAAGAGCAAACAAAUUCUUUGGUACAAUGUUGUAAGAGUUGCACACAGGUUUUUCAUCUCUGAACUUAGAGCAACAAGAUGUGAUUCAUUAUGCACUCGACUUUCAGGUCUGUGAGCUGCCACUGUUGGAAAUAGGAUGCUACCCUGUUUAGACAAUCAGUCUAGUCCAGCAAGGUUCCACUUCAGUUUCCAAAUUCACACUGAUAUAUCACAAUUUAUGCAGAAUGUAACAUCAGCCUUACAGCAUUCCAUAGAAUAUAAGAAUUACAGUACCUAGGUAUUUUCUUGUAUUCCUUUUGAUAGUUUCCUUCUUAUUUUGUUUUUACGUGUAUUUGUUUAUAAAAAAGUAAAUGUGUUUUUUUAAAGAUGUCUCUAUAUUUUGAAGAGUUGUUCAUUGCUUAUUUUUUCUUUUGUUUUUUUAAAAACAAGAUUUUAACAUCCAUUGAUCAUUGAUAUUAAACCCACUGUUCUGAGAA